AUCGCACUCACUCUGUUGUGUCCGACCCGUUGCCACGCAACGACGCGCCGUUCGUUCGUUCGCCAGUUGUCAGUCAGCGUGUUCGCGAGUGAAGUGCUACCAAUGGUACCAUGGCCUUAAAAAAGGAUUUCGACCUGCCUAGAAACAUUUUCAAAGUGAAACUACCCAAAUCUGUGAAAUUACAACAAGCGUUCGACAAGCUGUUCAAAAAGAAUAGCUACACCAAAAUAGUGCAAAGUUAGUAUGGCUGGUGAUAGUGUUGAAAGCAAACCCCAUUUUAUAACUGAAGAGACUGAGUUUAUAGGCAAAGGAGACACAAUAACACACACUAAACACAUAAGAAGUAGAUCUAGAAGCGCAAAUCGUUUGACACCUUCAGCUUUAAGUUUGUCCGACGAACAUUUUUACCAAGAUCUCGAAGAUUACGUUAAAGAAAUGACGACCAAAACAGAAAAUAUGGAGCCAGACGUCUGGACUCAGCUGCAGCAGAAGGAAUCUGAUUUGCUGCUGGCGGCUGAGUUGGGGAAAGCCCUUUUGGAUACAAAUGAGGAGUUGAAGAAGGAGCAGGAGCGGAUUACUGAGGAAUACUCCAAAAAACUCGAGGAGUUGGAGCAAGAGAAGCACCUGCUGCGCCGUCGGCUGGACACGGCACAGGGAGAAUACGAGGCGCGUAUACUGGAGCUGCAGAACGACAUUCGCGAGCUGACCACUAAAAUCGGGUCACGGGACACUUCUGUCAAACAGCGCGAUGAAGAGAAAGCCAGCCUCAUCGCGGAGUUGACGGCGCAGAACUCGCGACUAACCGCACAGCUGAAGGAAUCUUCUGCAACGGAGGCGCAGUUGAUGGCACAGUUGGAGGGACUAAAGGAUCAGUGUUCGAUGAGGAAGACGAGUCUGCAGGACCACGUACACAGUCUGUCAUCCCUCAAAGCAGAGCUGGCUCUAGUGAGCGACAAGAAGGCCGACCUGGAGCGGAGACUGACGGGUUCCUUGCAGGACAAGGAGAACCUCAUGCAGCAGCUGGAUGAGGCCAACGACAGGAUCGUGGCUCUUGAGAGGCAACUUAAGGAACAGGAACACCUCUACCACAAUACCCUCAAAGAGCUCGAGCGCCUCCAACGCUCUCACGACACCUUAGCCGAGAGGAUCGGAACGCCAGAUGCCACAGAUGUCACUGAAUCAGCCAGAUCCCUACAUGCUGAGAUGGAAACUGAGCCUGAGGACGAUGAUGAUGAUGGGUGGCUGAGGAAGGAGGCGGUGCAGGUUUAUAAGCAGCUGAGGGCGUUGUCGCUGCAGUUGAACACUGGGCAUGAUGAUGAUUCAGGUCUCCACUCCGACCUAUCCAUCUCGUCUCUCGACGGUGACGAAGCCUCCACCCUCCGUCGCGGCGCCCUACUCGCCGCCUGUGCGGACGCCGUGGCCGCGUACGCAACGCUCGAGGGAUCUAGAGUGCGCGACUCCAUCGCAGCGCAUGCGCGUAGGGCGUUAGAAAGAGAGAGGCAGAUCGAUGAGAAGAAUGAGGUGAUUGCGGAUCUGUCGUCUAAGUUAUCCGUGGCAGAAGUAGAGCUGCGCGCGGCGGCUGAAGAAAGAGACAAACUGCUCAACGACGCCAACUACAACAGCCUCCAGAACGAUGAGGCCGUCACUCAGGCCAGGCGGGAGAGGGACGAGGCGAUAGAGAGGAAAAAAACAGCUGAGGUGUCGCUCGCCAAGACCCGAGUGGAACUGAUGCAGGCCAACAGCCAGUUGUACGAGGCGGUGCGGCAGAAGGUGGACCUGGGCCAGCAGCUGGAACAGUGGCAGAUGGACAUGCAAGAGCUGAUCGACGAGCAGAUGAAGCACAAGCUGACGUCGGAGAAGCGCCGCAAGCUGCCGGAGCCGGCGGCGCCGACGCGCGCGUCGCGGCUGCUCGGAUUUUUUCAACGGUGAUCUGUUGCGCGCUCUUGGGGCCUCCAGCCAUAGACGAAACCAUAUCAACUAUCACAUUGUUCAUCGUCAAACAAUACGACCCGUUUAGUUUUAAUUUCAUCGCCGCUUUCGGUCUGAAUUUAUACGACAAGAAACUGACAGCUGUCAUCCUCGCCGCCAUCUUGAAAGAUGGCGCCAUUUUAGAAUUUUUAGGGUGCGUUCUGAUUUUAUUUUCCAAACCGUGUGAUGUGUACACUAUGGCAGUGAUAGUUAGUGUCUUAAUUAGGUUUUUAAUUGUAACUGUACACAUUAUUUUUAAAUUACUGAGUGUAGAGUAUAUCUGCACGUUAAUGCAAUGAUUUUAUUUAUAAACGACAUGCUGUAUUAUUACCUAGCGAAUCGGAUGUGAGUUUUGGAAUGGUAGGCGGUUUUGGUACAACAGAUUCAACUGAAUACGGACUGAACCAAGAGAACUGACAUCUUUACGUCCGUAUAAAAACCUAUACCUAGUAGUAAUAUUAAAAUAAUAUUUUCGAUUUCUUAUAAGUUAAAUCUUCAGUAACAUCCACUUACCUUCACAUAACUGCUUGUUUUUUUUUAAAUAUCUUUAUAAAAGAGCGUUUGAUUUGCCUUUCCAAGAUUGUCCUGUAAUGACAAUUUUGAGUAAGAAAAUCAUGUCGCAUGCAUUUAAAAAGUAUCACUUCACUUUUUACUUAAAUUUAAAACAUUUUUUUAAUACCUUAAUUCGCCAUUCGUUCGCAAUCCAUUCCUUAACUAACAUUCCCAUAAAAUUUAAUGUGUAUAUAACUGAAUUUAAAAUACGUUUUUAAAUUGUAUUUAUGAAUAUUUUUCAGACGAUCUCUUUUAAGGACAGUACACUUUAAUACCCAUACCUACUAAAAGCUAAAACUAAAUAAUAUAUCGAUAGUAGCGCCUCUAGUGGAUUAUGGAUGAACUUAAUAGUACACAUUUAGUUAACUCUAGGUCCCUAUUUUAUAUUACUGACAUGUAUUCCGUUAAAUGAAAAUAAUUCGGUACACUCGUCCAGUAAAGACGAUCGUCUCAAAAAUAUCUGUAGUAUUUUAUCUUUUUGAGAUUGUAAGUACCAUUCCUACGUAUAGUUUUACCAUUUCACUCAAAGUGAAAACAGAGGUGCACACCCGUAGCGUAGUAAAAUUAUUAAAAUAAAAUAAUUAUGUGAAACGAGAGGGGCGGCGUUUUUAAAUGUAUUUUGACAUAUUUUAGUAGAAAUGCACGACGUCCGACAUUCUUUUAUUUCAGAUGGCAUUUCAAUACUUUAUUGAUGUAUAGUCAAUGUCAAAUUCAAUAUUAUAAAUAAAAUUAAAGUCAUAUUUAUUCAAAUUACCAUAUAAUAAUUACAUACUAGUAUGUAGAAUGAGUAUGCUUUGAAAAAAAAAUUAAUAAUAAAAUCUGACCAUUAUUUUUGCCGCCCUGAUCCACUAUUUUGAAAUAGCCAUAUUAUUAUUUACAGAAACAAUACAGAAUACGAAUUACAUGAUCUGCUGCAAUUUAGGAUAAAAUAAAUUAAUCACUAGUUUUAAAUAAUAUGUAUUAAUUUUAAAAUUAGAUAAUUUCACGAGUAAUUUAAUAAUGUACCCAUAGGUAUGUGAAAUUGUUUUGCAAUACAGACGAGGAUGUACCUAAUUACUUAUAUUUGAACUGUGCCUUAAUUAAGUACCUGGCCUUUGGAAAGUGCCUUUUUUUCUUCAUUAAUAAACAUUUUAUCUGUACAAAAACAAUGAUUUUUGGGAAAAAAUAUUUCCAUUACUGAGGUAUUUUUUUAUUACCAAUGACAAACAAAUGUUAACAUGCUUUACUGUAACUUGAUUUGCGGAAGAACAUUUUAUACUCGUAAAUGUAUGUUGAACAUAAUGGUGUCGCAAGUUAAAAAUAUAGUGGUGUAACUCAACAACCAACCAGGAUCCGUGUCAAAUUCAGUGAAGAUUCUAAUUUAUAUUUUAGGGUCUUCCUCUACUCAUAACCUUUUGUCUGUCAAAUAAUUAAAUUCCAUAGCCAAUCCUUAAGCCACUACGUAUAUAUACCUACUGUAUUCCCGAGUCCCAGAAGCCCUUAUAAAGGCUUUAUUCCAAAACGUAAUUUUAACUUUGAUUAAAUUAAGGUUCCAAAUUCAAACACGAAAUUAACGAUUCUGGGACUUAGGAUGUUAAAUAUACGUUGUUUUGGCGGUUAGUGUCGCCACUGUCAAAUAGUAUACUCCACCUGUUAGAACUCCAGCAGAUAGAAAAUGUGUCUCAUUAGAUUAUAGGCGAUUAUUUUGAUCUCCAAUCUUGCCAUUAUUGGUAAGAGGAUUUUGCAAAUAAUUGUUUUUGAGACAGUAAAUAAGCAUUUUUUUUCGAAAGCAAAUGUUUAUAUAGAAAUAGAAUUAUAAACACUCAGAUUGAUUGCUGUAAUAAUUUUAUUUCGGAAUUUUAAACCAAUCUUAGACAUUUUAUGAGUGUUUAUUUUUUUACAAAGAAUGACAAAAAAAUCAUGAAUAGUAAAACUAGCUAAUACUUUUUGAGAUUAAAAAAGAACGGCACAGUCAGAUUUGGGAUUUUUUAGAUUAAGUACAUUUUAUUAUUUUUAAUUAAAAAGACAUUUCGCAAUAUAAUUUUUAUUAAUUUAUUGUUAAGACUGAAUUGAAAUGUAAAAUAUGAAAUGCGCUUUUCCUAACAUUUUACUUUUUACGGAGUCUGUUGUUCAAUAUAUGUGUUGUGUAAUAUAUAAUAAUGUUCAAUCAAAAAUGGCCUUAAUAUCAUAAGUAUCACCGCUUACUUUUAGAGGUGUUAAACUAUACUUAUACUAUUCAGGGACCCUAUCUUUACUUACUCAAGGAGGUGUCAAGGUGUGGUCAAAAGUAUCUGCCAUUUUCUGAUAGCUUAGCAAAAAGAGAAGAACCAAGGCUCGGAACCGGUUUAUUCUUCAUACAAAAAAUACCGGUAUUAUUACGUUCUUUUUCGUUCUUUGGUUUAUUAUUUCAUUUUUAAUGGGAUUAUCUAAUAAUGCGAAGUUGUUGCCUAAAAACAUGAUCCAGUCCUACCUAAAGAGUAUAAAAUAAUUAAAAAUAUUGGGCUAUUUUGGGAUUUAAAAAUAAACCGGUUCCGAGCCCUGAGAAGAACAAACGGCGGGAAGAAGUUGAUAAUAAAAGAAAUGAUAUAAAAUUGAAGUAAUUUGAACCUUAUGUAAUUCAAUUUUCAAAUUUCUUCAAUUUUAUCGUGUUAUCAACUUCUUCCCGCCGUGUACAGAAUUAAAGUGUUGCCGAUACAUUUCAUUUUAACGCGAACUGUCUAGAAGAUUAGAAAAGUAAUCGUGGGUGGCAGAUACUUUUGGCGCAUUGCUUCAUACGCCACUGUUGAUGCUGACUGUUCGUCUUUUUGCAAGAGGGAUAUACUACCGGCCUUAUAGGGUGGUUGGUAUACGUGGAACUUUAAAUGUGUUCCUUUUUUUUUUAAUGUCUGGAUAACGCUCAUGUCUAUAAGAAUAUUCUAGCUGUAAGAGUACCACCGACUGAAGUCAUAUAGCUGCUUAACUGCUAUAUGCUUUUUUUGCAAGUCUUAUUUUUCAAAAAUAUCAAAAGUAGCUGCAUUUAAUAUUAUUUAAGACAUCAUCCGUCGAUAGUACCUUAUGUUGUUUGUGGUUUUACAUAUCAAAUUAAAUUAUUUAAAAAAAUUACUCGAACUUAUGGAACAAUAGACUCCCAUAAGAUUUUAUAAUUAUGUACAUGUGUGCAAAACUACCGUGAAUGUUAACAGUUUUUAUAUUUAAUUUCUUAAGCACAAACUUAAUUUCUAUGGCGAGUAUAACUUCAUAGUCAUUCCAUUUUAUCCAAUAAUUGUGAUUGUAUCGUUAUGGGUCAUAUUUGUGUUUGGUAUGACAAGGCAAGGUAGAAUUGUAGCCCUAUGAUGCCUCCUUGAGGUACACCUAUAAAUCAUAUUAUUAUGGUGCUGGUGUAAGCCUAAUACACAGAAUUUCAUCGAUAAGAGAAAAGGCAUUAGUUACUCUCUAUAUUAUUCACUUUUCAGUAAAAUACCCAUGAUUUACCUAGCGAUAACUGCUAUUACAGCGUGUCGAAAGCUUUUAUAUGAUCCAAACGAUAUAAUUUGAAUAUAGUAUUAGUGUUCACAGAUCAUCUGAAUCAGUGCAAACGUACUUAAUGUCACUUCAUCGUAACUUAAGGUUUAAAUCAUGUACUUACAUAAUCUACCUUCAUUUGUUUGUGGAAUUUAAAUAAAGCAUGAAAUUUUACGUA